AUGGAGGUGGAGCAGGAGCUGACAAGAGUGACGGCAGCACUGAAGGAGCUGAGAGAGGCACACGUAGCAGCAGAGCGGGAAGGCAUUGUUCGAGAGAUCUGGGAGGCUUACAAGGAGAACAGGAGUUUGAUCUCCCGCACGCCUACGGCGCGCUGGGGCACGCAGCUCUGCCCCGACAGGCAGCCGGCAGUCCUAGCAGCAGUAUUCGGCACGUCCAAGAGUGACCAGAGCAUAGGGGCGAAGCGCAUCACAGAGCACAAGAACAUUAGGCAGCCCACACCUUGGGCCAAGCAGUAUCUCGAGGAGCACAAGGCAAAACUUCAGUCUUCGCUCAACAUGAGCCCCGACCUCAGGACGGUGAUCCACCUGGCCACGGGACCCCCAGCUCAAGUUCCCACGGUAGACAUGAGGGCCUUCCAGAGCGGCUUCACCCUGGGGCUGAUCAAAGCGGGUGGAUCCAAGCCGACGGGAGCGGGGCCCAGGACGGAUCUGGAGAGGACAGUGGAGCGCCAGUUGAGGAAUUUCCAGAGGGACGGCUGCCACGGCGGGGACGGCGCCGACUGUAGCUACAGGAGCAAAUGCAGUGCCAGUCCCACAGCCGCCGAGCGCGCGCCCGCCAGGGCCGAUUCGCUCGAAAGCAGCACCGACCCGCAGGAGCCAGACAGACCAGGUGCAGAAUGCGACGGGGCGCCUCUGCCGAAGCGGCAGCGCUUGCAGCGAGAGGUUGCGGCGUUCGCCGUAGGCAAGUUCGGCGCCAGCGCGGCGCACCGAAGAUCCAGAAAAAGGCAGGGAAUAAAGGAGGUCUUCAAGAUCGGAGAGGUGCCUUUGGCGGAGCACCCAGCCCACGUGACGCAGGCUCCAACACGGACAGACGAGGCGCCGCACACCACGAUCAUGACGGAUGAGGUCGUGAAGAUCGCGGAGGUUCUUCCGGGCUCGAACGUCCACGAGGGCGAGAGGACCGAGGAGGUGCCGCAGGAAGAGCACGAGGCCAUCAAGACGCCGAUCGACGGCGAGGGCACUGCCCACACGGUGGAGGACAUAGACGCGUUCGGAACAACGGACGACCACAGCCCAGGAAG